AUGAAGUCUAUCAUUGAUUACUCGUACAAUUGGAUGUCGUUACCAAAAGCAAUAAACAACAACAACAAACUGAAAGAGAAACAUGAUCAGCUGAGUUCGAGGCGAAAGGAAGUUGAGAAAUUCUUGAACGGACUGAGUAAAGAUGAAAGGAAAAGUUGGGACGAUGUGGUAGAACUGGAUUUGGAUCAGUUGGAGACUCGUUUACGAAACAAAUCUCUCACCCCGCUGCAGGUGUUACACGCGUUUCAGGCCAAAGUGUUACGUUUGCAUGACACUCUGGGAAAUUCCGGGAUGUGUGAAUUUAUCCGCGAAGCUGAGCAAGAAGCCACGGAUCUGACAAACAAUCCCCGGCUCAGUUCGGAACAGUCUCCUUUAUAUGGCAUACCAAUCAGUUUGAAGGAAUUGUGCGCAGUCAAAGGAUAUGAUUGCACUAUUGGACUUGUCAAAUUGAUUGGGCAAUCAAAAUCCGAAGAUUCAGUUGUGGUACGUGUCUUACGGAAAGCCGGGGCUGUGCCGUUCGUUCUGACUGCAACCUCUCAACUCGCUUUGACCACAACCGGAUUCAAUCCUGUCUAUGGGGACAUGCACAACCCGAAUUCGAAAGACCAUGAACCCGGGGGCGGGUCGCCGAUUGGAAUCGGAACUGAUCUAUUGGGCAGUAUUCGUAUCCCCUCGGCAUUCUGUGGUAUUUGUGGCUUCAAGCCCACGGCUACUCGAGUGAGUACGAUCGGAGUGGUUGAACUGGAUCCACGAAUGGUGCUUCCCCCGUUCCGCGUGUCUGUCGGUCCAAUGGGUAAACGUGUGAGUGACCUGGUUCGAGUAAUGCAAGUCCUUUUCGAUACACCCAUGUAUGAAAUGGACCCGACCGUGAUUCCGCUUCCAUUUAGACAUUCAAUCUACGACGCAGUCAACGGUAAACCGCUUGUUAUCGGUUACUACGACACAUUUGAUGAUCCAUCGCUUAUCCAGACCGUGCCCUCAGUACGCCGCGGCAUAGCUCAGGCGGUAGAGGUCAUGAGAAAGAAAGGCUACCAUGUGAUACCGUUCAGUCCACCUAGACCGGCCGAAUUAUUGCAACUGAUCUUACGCGCUAUUAGUCCGGAUGGGGGUCAAACAGCCUCACGUUUGUUAAGCAAUGAACCACUCAGCGAACAAACUCAAGCGAUGCGAUUAAUGGCCAACACACCUGAUGGUCUGCGUGGUCUGUUGGAUGGGGCAGCCAGAAACAAUAUGGGCAUACCGGCAGCUUGGGCGAAAAUGGUUCAAAAGCUUAAUCGGCCACAGGAUUUACAGGAAGCAAUGUAUCAACUUCAAGUUUAUCGUCGAGAAUUUUUACAGGCCAUGGAGGAGGCCGGUUCGAUUGAUGUAAUCCUCUGUCCAGUUUGGACUAGUCCAGCUUAUGCCAAGGGCACUCCAGCUUACUACACUAAUCCACCUAUGAUCUAUACAGGCAUAUACAAUGCAAUGGACUUUCCCGCGGGAUCCGUACCAAUCGGCCGGGUGACUGAAGAGGAUGUAGAGGAGUCAAAUAAAUGGGCUGAGGAGCGACAGAAAGCGAAAGAUCGGUAUCACCAACGUUUGUUCAACAUGCAGUCGGACACUGUUGGCCUACCUUUGGCUGUUCAAGUUGCUGGCAAACCGUAUCAGGAUGAACUGGUGCUCCGCAUGAUGCGUGAACUAGAAACCGGACAAAACAAAUAA